AAUAGUUAUAUCAUAACGAUUUGUUGAUGCCAUAAUUAAGUUUCUCAUUUUCUAGAAAUUAAGACAAAAGUUACCACGAUGCCUGGGACAAACGGAAUUACCAGUACCAACACGACAGCCAUCGACUGUAACUCUGGUUCAACUUUUGAGGGACUUAACUUAACGAACAUGUGUGACAGAUCUACCAUUGAUACACUUAUCAUGACUCUGAUGUACCUGCUCAUCGUUGUAGUGGGUCUUAUCAGUAACGGGUCUGUUAUCUUGGCAUCUAUUUUCGAAAGGUGGAAGGAGAUUGACCAGUUUACGUUCGUAAUGGCUGUGUCCCAGGCUUUCUGCCACUUCUUGUUUGCCUUGUUCGUUUAUCCCAUGGGAGCUUACAGUAUCAUACAAGAAAGUCAUUGGAAUCUUGGGAAAAGCUGGUGCUGGCAAACUGCUUUACUGAGUAGCUACUUCGAGAUAAUGUACGUGUUACACAUCAUGAUGCUGGGGGCUGAUAUUAUUAUCGGACGUUUCACCAAACUUAAGGAUAAAGUGUUUGUAGCGCUAAGCAAGAGAGUAGCAUUGUCUCUCUGGGUGGUGGCCGCAUUUCCUCAGAUAUACGAGUACUUUAGUAAAGGCCGGAGUGACUCUAUAUUUGGUUUCGACGAUAGUAACCCUAGCAGGCCUUUGUGCUACGCUACCUACGUCUACCCAACUUGGGCGAAAUUUUUGGAGUAUCUUGGAAUCUUCAUAGCAUUACCAAUGGCGUUCAGUGUGAUACAGUAUAUCAUUCUACUUAAACAGUCCAACAAACGACAUUCGGACGAUGUCGGGAAGACUGAAAAGAACCGGUCGUUCUGGAUGAACUACAGAACUUCUUUCAUCAUGAUCAUACUCUACGCUAUCUCACAGUUCCCUAGAUGGAUCUACAUCUUCAUUACCAUAGCUGAGAUAGAGACAGAUUACAGAAUAGCAGAUGUGAUAGUUGUAUGGUCCAGUUUUGGUAGCAUUCUCAUUCCCUUUGGCUACCUCGUCACGUGUCCAACGUACUUUGGCCAGGUGACUCAAUUCACGUGGAUGGCAUGGUUGAAGAGAUUUGAACACAUUUUCUACAAGAAGAACACGAAGGACAGAGAAUUAAUAGCGCCUACUGAAGCAACCAGCGAUAUAUGAGACUUAGUUCAGACUAAGAGACUUCAAUCUCCACCUCGAUAAAAGCGAUAUUUGACUCCUCCGCCAUAACAAAUUCAGCAAGACCACCGUGAGAACAAAUUGAGAAUAAUCAUGAAAUAUGAAGAAAAAGGAUAUAGCAACAGAUCUGCACAAUUCAAAGAAAAUUGGAGGGGGGUCACGUGGUGUAUAGCUGCAGUCAGACUGAUUAAUAGCAGUGUGUUCUGCAGACAUAAAAACACCAGUGACCAGUCUGCUUUCAGAGAGGAGUGUAUUACAAUGUUCUUUUCUACAGUAAAUUAGUUGAUACUGCGGGAUUUUACAUAAGGACUGGGAUGCUAUUUCUACCUCCUUUAGUGCCAUGAGACCCCUUACAUUCUUUUGGUUUCGGAUGAUUCAUAUCAAAAUAGUCAGAGUAGUUGUUCAAGGGCAGUUGACUAUACGAGAAGGACGUCACCUGCCCCCUAUUUAGAGCAGACGGUUUUGAAUUGUAUAGAUGGCGGACAGUUUUCGUAUUAAAAUGAGAAUGCGCACUAGUAAUAACUACCGAUCAUCUUUCGACAUUUUAGUAAUUUCGGUAAAAAAUCCUCAUAUACGGUUCUAUUGUUUGAUAAAAUGUCAGUAAA